AAACCUACACACGUCACUGGUAAAAACAAAAGGAAGGAAGGAUUACAUUACAUUGACUCCCAGGCAGGUGCGCAACAGAUUUCUCGAGGACGACUGCUGGGUUAAACGUCGUCUGAUAAACGUCGCUAAGAGGAUUUUUACAGGAUUCCAGAGGGACAUCAGUGUGAACUCCCUUCACCAUGGGAAAGCUGUCGGUGACCACCAACGCCAAGGUGAAACCAGAGGACCUGCCUUCGGUGGAGAACCCCAUCUCCACCGUAGAGCCGCUGCCUCCGAAGCCCGGGGCCACGCUGUCUCACUUCGUGGUGCCGCAGCCACCAACCGCGCCUCCGAUGUACCGUCCACCGGUUCGCAAGAAUGGCUGCUCCAAGAAGUGUAAGAUUGCGGCCGUGAGCUCCGUCGUCUUGAUCCUGGCCGUGGCCCUGGUCGUCACCGGUGUGUUCUUCCUCCGUGCGCACCGGAGGGCCGAGAAACCUCCCUGUAUGCGGUCCAGCCACGAACGCCAUGCUAGCCACGAACGCCAUGCCAGCCACGAGCGCCAAGAGGAGGAUGAGGAGGACUGUGACGAGGAGAAGAACGAGAAGUGGUAUGAUUGGCUGGAGAACUGCAUGAACCAGUGGUUCAACAAACAGCCUGACGAAGAGGGCGGCGAUUCCGGGGAGGGGACUUCCGGGGAGGAUGACCCACCACCCGGCCGCCCACGACCGCCCAAGCCGUGAGGACCUCGCGAGUUGGUGGUAAAGGGCAAAUAUCACAGUUACUGCUGGCCAUAGAAGACUGAAAAAUACAUGGAAUCUUAUAGAUAUCUAUCCUAUAAAAAAGGCACAGGGGCCUACUGGAUGAAAAUGGAAAGGGCGAAGGGAUCGACCAUAUCAAUCUCGUAUAACAGCUGAAAGUCCUAAACAAAGCCGACCUUUGACCCUGAAUUUCUGUCAUAUCUAUCCGCGCUGUGAAUAUAUAUCAGAUCAAACUACUCAGACAUAUCCUUGCGUAAAACAUAAAACUGGUGAACUAAUCGAAUUAUAACCGAAUUCGGAAAUUUUAUGUAACCUUUGAAAGGCUCCGAAUUGGACAAAAAUAUUGCAAAGCAAAGCUAUAACUGUGUUGUCAGCCUUUAACCCCCUGACCCAAUCUGAGGUUUUAAAGUGGACUACACCGGCUAAAUGCUGUCGAACAUUGUUUGCUCAUCAGAUUUGAGAUGCUGCAUUUUUUUUAGCUUUGCAUGUUCAGUGUGCAUGUUUUAGCACUUUUUCACGAGCCACACUCGGAAUUGAUGUUUGUACUAUAUACUCUGUUUUUGCUGUUGCUUUCAAAAGUCAUUGUACUUAAUGAUUUACUUGAAUUGAAUAGAGAACUAUAUAUUUAGAUGAUAGAUAACAAAUCAUAUGACAUACAUUCAAUGAAAAUAUCGCAAAGCUAUUAUUAUAGUUUCAUUUAUACGCCAUGAUAAUCAUAUAUUUUUUUACAUUGUGGUCACUUGCAUUCAUUGUUUUUCUACCUACGAUAAUUAGGCGUAAUUUCUUUCAAAUUUUGGAUGGCUUACAAUUCAUGCUUGUUUGCAAACUUGCAGAUUGUGUAAUCCUUCUUGUAAUACUAUGCAUUUAUGAUGUCCUGCUUUGCUUAUGUAUUGACGGUCAUUUGGGUGCAUUCACGUACACAUUUGCAUGCUAUCACGUUUCCUUAAAAAACACAACAAUGUUAUCACAUGGUA